AACUCUGUUGUGUUGUUUUUAAUUCAUUCUCUACGUGCUCGCUUCUGAGGAAAAAAUUUUUUUUUGUUUUUUUAUUAACAUUGGAAGAACUUACAUCAAAAACUAAAUUUUAAUUAAUGAAAAUCUGAUUCCAUUGCUUAUGUGAGAAGCCAAAUUCUAAAUAAUUGUAGAUGGCUACUAUGUCUAUAAAAAACAGAGUCGUUUCAGGAUACACUAAAUCAAUUUUUCACCACAAUUCUGAAAGCUGAACAGCAAACACGUAACGCUAUGUCUCAAAUUUCACCUCCAACUAGUCAAGAGUCCCAAAGGCAAACCGACACACCUUCACCCAACACAACAACCUCAACGCCAUUAUCCACCCCCAACUCCUUGCAUUCAUCUAGCUUUCUCCAUGACCCAUCUGUGGCAGCGACGGGAAAACAUAAAUCUGCUUUUUUGCCAUAUCGACCUCAAGCCACUGUUCUCACUAAUCUGCAAAGAGGCAAUACAGAAGCUACUUUCUGUCCGGUCGAAGUCAAACUAUCAUUCCAUGAAAGAGCUGGUCAAGGCGAAUUAACCGAUGAACAGAUUUUACAACAAAAACAACAUGAUAUUGAUUUUAAAGACAAUUGUGGAUUUACACCACUGCAUUGGGCUUGCUAUUAUGGUCAAUUGGCCACUGUGCAGUCCUUAGUGGAGUCUGGUGCCAACAUCAAUGAGGAGGCUCCUGAAAUGGUAACUCCCUUAAUAUUAGCAGCCUCAGGGGGCCAUCAUGAAAUAGUUCGUCUAUUGCUGGAUAAAGGAGCUGAUCAUUUACACAUGGAUAUUGUAGGCAAUACAUCAUUGAUGUAUGCCGCUGCAGGUAAUCAUCCUCAUACUUGUAAUGAGCUGUUAUCUAGAGAUCCUGAUAUGACGGCAACCAAUGAAAACGGUGAUACGGCCUAUUCGUUAGCUAUAGAAAACGGUUCGACGUUGUCUCAAGCUGUCUUGGAGCAAUAUUUAACAGCGAUCUUAUCGUUAUGAAAUGUGCUUAUAAGAUUACACAAGAAGAAGGGAGAAUAACAGUCAUGAUUUUAAAUAAAAUUUACCAAACAAUAAUACAUAAUCAAAAAAUAUGUAUAGAUACAGCAAA